AUGCAGUACGUCCGAAGCAUCAGCGGAUCAGUCUCGAAAACAUGGAAUUCAAUCAACCCAGCGACCCUCAGCGGAGCCAUUGAUGUGAUAGUUGUUGAGCAGGAGGAUGGCUCAUUGGCAUGCUCUCCCUUCCAUGUCAGGUUCGGGAAAUUCUCCCUCCUCCGCCCAUACGAAAAGAAGGUUGAGUUCAAGGUUAAUGGCGCGAAACAAGACUAUGCUAUGAAGUUGGGAGAGGGAGGAGAGGCAUUCUUUGUUUUCGAGACCAGUGAUAAUAUCCCUGAGGCUAUGCAAACAUCCCCCCUGGUCUCUCCAGCUUCCAGUCCGCCGUUACAAGCAGAAGGAUCGAAUGUCUCAAAUCUAUCAGAACCAGACUUCCUGGACCUGGAUACUAUCGGUAGAAAGCCCAGGUCUGCUAGUGUAGCAAGACCUGGCGUCGGGGCACUUUCAACAUCUGUGCCCCGAAGAACCAGUAAUCUGACCAAUCUGACGCCCCUCUCAUCAUCUCCAGAUGCCAUCACAAGACCGCUAUCUGGGGACUGGUCUGGAAUCACAUCUGGUCGACACCAUACCGACGAACUCCUACCUUCCUCUGCACGAUUGCAUUCCAGCGACGAUGCAGACCGAGAGCGACAAACGCGCUCCUUAACCCCCACAUUAGCUAUUCACGAUGGGCCCUCGGAUUCCUUCACAGAGCGAUCACAAAGUCCCCCGCCUCCACCUACAAAAGAAGCCAUUGAGCGUGCGGUAGCCUUGUCAAACAAACUUUCGGCAUCCAACAUACCGACCCAGGUCACGGAUACGGGUGAUUUGAUGUUGGACAUGACAGGAUACAAGAGUAGCGAUGAAGAUGCUCUGCGAGCUGAGGUUAUUGCCCGAAAGAUUCUCUCUGAAGAAUUGGAAGGCAAUUACGAUAUUGGCGCCCUCAUUGGAGCUGAUGAGCAUGGAAAUCUAUGGAUAUAUAGCAGCGAAGAAGCAAAGGAGGCCGCAAGUCAAAGGGCAGCAUUGGCAGGGAUGAAUAUUCCCGCAGUUCUGAACGAUUUAGCAUCAGACCCAGGCUAUGGGAGCGAGGCAGAAAGCGAGAGAACUGCACCUGUUCUGUCUGCUCAUCGCCGUGCAGAAUCCGACAUCGGUGGUAUGGGUUUAGAGACACCCCCCAAGACGCCACCGGAAGGUGCUGGGGAUCCUAAUAGGAACUAUGCCAAGACUCUACGACUGACGAGCGACCAGUUGAAAGCUCUGGGCCUGAAAGCUGGACCGAAUCCCAUGAGCUUUACGGUCAAUCGGGCAACUUGCCAUGCUUACAUGUAUCUCUGGCGUUACGACGUACCUGUUGUGAUUUCUGACAUUGAUGGUACAAUCACAAAGUCCGAUGCUUUGGGGCAUGUGCUCAAUAUGAUCGGCCGUGACUGGACCCAUAUUGGUGUUGCGAAGCUGUACACCGAGAUUGUUGCAAACGGGUACAACAUCAUGUACUUGACGUCUCGCUCGGUAGGAUUAGCAGAUACAACACGAGCCUACAUGAAUGGCGUGGAUCAAGAGAGCUAUCGUCUACCCAAAGGUCCAACGUUAUUGAGUCCAGAUCGCACAAUUGCAGCUCUAAGGAGAGAACUGUACAUCCGUAAGCCGGAAGUCUUUAAGAUGGCCUGUCUGCGCGAUAUUAAGAGCCUAUUCGGUCCCACCCGUACACCGUUCCACGCAGGUUUUGGCAACAGGCUUACAGAUGCAUUAUCUUAUCGAUCCGUCAGUAUACCAAGCAAGCGCAUCUUUACAAUCAACAGCAACGCCGAGGUAUCCCUCGAUUUGCUAAGUCUUAACAAACUGCGGUACAGCUAUGUAAAUAUGCGAGAAGUAGUAGAUCAUUACUUCCCACCCGUAAAUACGCUGGUGAAAGGCGGCGGGGAAGAAUACACGGAUUUCACAUACUGGCGCGACCCAGUCCUUGACCUGGAUGAUUUCAGCGCCUCGGAGAGUGGAGAUGGUCCAGAAGAUGAAGAAGAAGAAGACAAUGUGAGCGAAGAUGGAGAUGCGAAUGAAGACCUCGGAGAUAGUUAUAUAUCGCGGGACUCUAUCGAUGAAGGCGAUGAAGGCGACGAAGGCGACGACGGAGAAGAUUACAACGGGCUAGAAGAAAGUAUGCUGUCCGGUUCAGCCGACGAGGAUGACCUGGAACAUAUGACAAGCAGCAUGAUCGAGGCGGAUUUCGAAGACGCAGACCACGGAGAACAUGAACAUGUGGAAGAAGAACCACAGGAAGACGGCACGCAGGCCAUUGACCUCGAAGCGCUCCGGCAAGCAGGAGAGCCGAGGCGUGAUGUAGAUGCCGAGAUAAUUUUGGGACUCCAAGGGCUUGACUUGGAGAGAGAGGAGUCGGAGGAUAGGAAAGUGUCAGUGAGAGUACCAAACUAG